AUGACUCAUAGCAGCGUAAAUUGGAUUACUAGCUAUAUGUCCUUGUUUUCUGUUACAGAGAAGAAGCAAUCAUCAUUUCGCAAGUUUAUUACAUAUGACCGCUUGGUCUUAAUCCCUGAAGGUGGUUUCGAAUUGUUGGGUUCUUCCAAUGGGGUCCUUUGCUUUCGUGCUAAACCGUAUAGAAUAAUCAUUUGGAACCCAUCAUCAAAUGGAAACAUCAAGACAAUCCCAGAUGUCUGGCAGUUGGGCAACAUCAGCAUUUUUGGAUUUGGGUACGAUGAGUGUAAUGAUGACUAUAAGGUUGUUUAUGCUUAUUAUGAUGGCAAUGGUGAUGAGACUAUAGUCUUGGUUUACAGUUUUAAGCAUGGGUCAUGGAAAAGAAGUGAAAGAGGAUUUAUUAGUGGGUUUGUUCAUCCAAGAAUUGCUGUGUUUGUGAGUGGUGUUCAUCACAAACGUCAAAUGGAAGUUUGGGUGAUGAAUGAGUACGGAGUUGAAGAAUCUUGGACUAAACUAGUCUGCAUUUCAAACUUACCAGUUCAUCAUCCAGUUUCCCGGGGUUUCGAGAACACUACAUACAUGGCUAUAUGUAAUGCUAAACUUGCAAUCGCACAUGUUUCUGAAAAUGGGGAUAUUCUAAUGAUGGUUGGACGUCAGUUAAAGCUCCAUAGGCCUAAUGCUAAAGGGGGAAAGAAUUUUAAUAUCCCCUUUGGUCUUGGUUAUAUGGUAACUAGUUACGUGGAGACCCUUGUUUCCCCGGCCAUGAUUGGUCUGUAA